AUGUCAAGCAGCCAACGACGACUGCGGCGCACGGCCACCGUCGCCGCGGCCGCAUCGCUAGCGAUCCUAUGCGCGGUCCAAGCCGUUCAGGCAACACCGCGAGGUGCCUCGGUCGUCGGACGGGACUUCCACGAUCCGUUUGAAUUUGCCGACCUCUCGCGCCCCAUUACGGCCGACCCGGGGUUCAAUACGGCCGGGCUGGGCAACGCCGAUGCCGUGGCGCAGGCUGCGGGGCAGUCAGGCCAGCCCCCGGCUGGUGCAGCCGUGGGUGACGGCGAUGACGACGGCGCGGGCGCGGGCGACGACAACGCGGCCGUGUUGCAGGAUGGCGGCAUCAGCAUCGGCCCCAACGGCGUCGACGUCGAUGAUCUGCACGUCGGCAACGGCCACGUCAGCAUCGGCGACGACGACAUGUACGUCGGCCCCAACGGCGUCUGGAUCGGCAUCCGCGCGGCCCAGGACGACAAGCCCGCCGCCGCCGCCGCGGCUGCUCCGGGAGCUGCUGCACCCGCAGCCGCGACGCCGGCCAAGGCCGCCGACGGAGACCAGACGGACAAGGGACCGCAGGUGGUGUGGACGUGGGAGGCGGGUGCGCUCGGGUGCCCGGGCGUCGAAAACAGCAACGCCAAGGUGUGCACGGGCACCGUGGCCGCCGGCGCGUCGGGCUCGGGUCCCUCGCUCGACGCGCGCAGCAUGCAGCAGCAGCAUCGGCGUCAAUUCGACUCGGACGCCGCCUCGGCGUCGUACGAGCAGGCCGACAUUUUCCCGCAGUUCACGUCGUACGUGACCAUGACGCGGGCCACGUCGUCGUACGUCAACUUUGGGCCGGACUCGAACCUCAACACGUCGGUGCCCGCGCCGCGGUCGCGCGCCGUCAACGACUCGGGCAACGGCCAGGCGCCGACCAACAUCAACAACCCGGACUCGCCCGACCUGGGCUGGCUCGACACCAUCGUGGGUGCGGUGCCGUACAAGAACGGCGACCUGGCCGCCUCGGUCGUGUGGAUCCUCGCCACCAUCUGCCUGAUCCCGCUCCUGCUGAUCCGCCUGCUGCGCCGCUCGAGCCUCAUCAGCAGCGUGCUCUUCACCAUCAUCGUCUACAUGGUGCUCAUGAUGGUCGGGUUCGGGAUGCGCGCGCGCCUCUCGGACCAGACGCCCUCGACGGGCCUCAUGAUGGCCAUGAGCAUCAUCCUCGCCGUCCUGCUGCCGCUGCUCCUCGAGCCCCUCAUCGCGCUCCUCGGCCUCUAUGCGGGCCAGAGCGGACGGCCGACGGGCGUGCCCACCGCCGCCGCCGUGCUGCGCGCGCUCAACCUCGUCGUCUUUAUCCUCUUCCUCGUCGCCGCCGCCUACGACGCCUCGUGGAUGAAACAGUGGGACGACGCGCUGCGCAACCGGUACACGGCCCAGGACCUGCCCUCGAUCCAGCCGCCCGGAGUCGUCCGCAUCGCCCCCGUCGUGGCGAGCAUUGUCGAAAUCAUCCUCAUCCUCGGCACCGCGCUCCUCAUCCCCGUCGCCCGCGGCGACAACGGCAGCAUGCGCCCCGGCGGCUACAUUUUCCUCCUCCUCGUCCUCCUCUUUAUCUCGUGCGUCUACCGCCUCCUCCAGACGCUCCACGCCACCUCGCGCCUCUCCGAGGAGAAUGGCGGCAGCGGCUCCUCGUCCGACCUCCUCCCCUUCUUCUCGGGCGGCUCCUCGAGCUCCACCACCGACGACGAGCGCGUCGCAAACGGCCUCUCGCUCGCCCCGCAGGGAAUGUACGGCCCCAAGUCCGAGGGCAUCGCCUGGGAGCAGCUCCAGCUCACCAUGGCCAGCCGCGGCAACCCGCAGACGCCCGUCAUCUUCAACCUCGUCUACAUCUUCCCCAUGUGGCUCAUGGUCUUCCUCCUCUUCUUUGCCCACGCCCCCGGCAAGAAGAAGGGGGGCGACGCAGACGGCGAUGGCGGCGACGGCGCAACGGCCACCGCUACCGCCACCGCCUGA